UUUAGAUUCAAGGCAUCAUGGCCUGUACAGAUGGGAACAAUGUUGUCUCGGACAGCUAAAACAACGUUCAGAGAUACUUUGAUGUUGUCUAUCAGUAUUGGAGAAACACUCGGGAUGGCUUUACUGCAUGGAUUGUUGUUUCUACGUCGUGACAAUGAUCAAGUUGGUGUGAUGGACAUCAAUGGAGCCUUGUUUCUGAUGAUGUUAAACUUCUCAGUGACGUCAAUGUAUGCUGUUCUAAAUACGUUUCCGGCGGAAGUUCCGAUAUUUGUUCGGGAAUACUCGGUAGAUCUAUACAGAAUAGACGUUUAUUAUAUAUCUAAAAUGCUUGUGGAGCUUCCAUCACACCUAAUUAUGCCAAUAGCUUUUUGUUCCAUUGCUUAUUAUAUGAUAGGAUUGUAUUCAACAUUUGAAGCGUUCCUGAUAUUUACUGGUAUACAGACGAUAGUGGCCAACGUCUCUGUGUCAUUUGGUUACCUGAUAUCAGCAGGGUCACCGAGUGCAGAAGUUGCCAUUGGGAUAGCAGCACCGGCUGUCAUUUGUUUCAUGAUGUUUGGCGGACUGUUCAUGAACGCCGACUCCUUCCCAGUGUAUUUUGUUUGGCUGGAAUAUUUAUCGUGGUUCAAAUAUGCCGGCGAGCUUAUCACUCUGAAUCAGUGGGAAAAUAUUGAAUCUAUAGAUUGCGACGCACCUGCCGGAAGUGACCAGUGUUUGUUUAGCGAUGGUCAAUCUGUGAUCGACUAUUACAACUACGACAAGGAUAAUAAGCAGCUGGACAUUAUACUUCUAUGCGUGAUGCUGGUCGGAUUCCGAAUACUUGGAUUUAUUGUUUUACUUGUACGAGCAAAAUUAUCUAGAAACUAGAAAUUUACAUCCAUUCCCUUGUUGAAUGUGCCAAGGAAUGUGACACCGAAAGCAGUGUAAUAAAAAGAAUAUGCAAAUAUUUCAAUUCUUUAAUAUCUAAAGGUCGCAGAUAAGACUUUUUUCGAUAAAAAAAAGUUUAUUUCCAAACUUAAAUAAUUCUUUAGUGACACUUAAAGGGAGGUAAUUAUAUUCUGAAUUGGGAUACCCAGAAUUGAUAGACUAUGUACCUAUUGUCUUGAGCAGCAGGCAACAGUGGUAGAAGUAUUCGCAGGCAAGAGAUUUAUACCUGGGUAAAUUUAUUGAGUAAUACAUUGGAUGUUGUCUAUGCUUAAAUGUCUACAAACAAAAAUUGUAAAAUAUAUGUAAGUUUAUUCUCACAACAGUUAAACGAAUUGUGCCGUUUUACUAUGUAAAAGCAUUACUUCCAUUAUGUAAUAGGGUGCAAUUCACUAGAACAGUGAAUAUUACUGAUAUUGCAUUUGAUUUAUGGACAUUGGCCUUCGUAUACAAAACAAAAUGUUGGUAUUUAUUGUUAUUAUUGUUAAUGUGAUAAAAAAUUGAUCUUACAUAAGUUUUUAUGUAUUAGAAUUAUCGCCCUUUUAUUUAAUUAUACGCGACACAUCACAUUUUGUAUUGAAAUAAUACAAGUUUGAACAAUAAUGUUGUACAAAUUAUUCAUGAAACUCAUUACUUAUUAUACGUAUUGUUGCUUUAAGUGAUUUUUUCGUAGGUAUACAAAUAAUUGUUUUCAGUAGAUUCACAUGUAUAUGGUAUUUUAUAAUACUGAACGUUUGUAACAUCGCUUUUCUUUGGAUAAUCGUGACGUUCAAAAAGUUUUAUAAACACGACUGCUGUAAAAGAAAUCUCACUUUUUCCUCUCUGAAAAAGCGGUUUGCUGUAUAUAAAGGUUUCUGACAGUUUAUAUGACCGUAUAUGUAAACGGUUGUUUGCAAUAUAACCCUCGAACAACCGUUUAAUAUAUACGGCCAUAUAUCUGUCAAUAAUCUUUAUAACUAAUAGCAAAAAGACAACAGUUUUUAGUAAGACAAUCACAUCACAUCAUGUCAGAAAUUUGGGACAUAUUACUAUGUCUUUCUCAGAUGAUUAAAUGUACAUGAUUUUAUGAUAAUUUUCAGCAUUGUUACAAUAUUGUUUCUUAUGUUCCUUUUUUAAACGUAUUCUGAUUUCAUGAUAAUUUUCAGCAUUGCUACGAUAUUGUUUUAUUUUCCUUAAAACCAUUAUUACGACAUUUACAGAAUUAUUUAUACAUCAAUAAAUCGUUUUGUUUAUAACGCUGGACUUUUUGUUAUUAUGUUAUGUUUCAUUUUCAUGAUAUUUUGAUAAAACUGAACUGUGCUCCUGUUAAGAUAUGUCAUGAAAUAUGCCUAUGCACCAAAUUAAAUCCCUUUUUGUUUCAUCUGGCCAAACCCGUGGGAACUUUUCGGUAACUAAACUUCUCCAGCUAAUAUGUUUUGUAAGGUUCCUAGAUCCUGCCAAUUUUAACUGUAUAACUAAUAAAAAUCUUAGGUCGAUUUUCUUAUCACCCAAUUUUCGUGUUUGUAAUGCUAUUCCUGAAGGGAGAAGAUGCGAAAUAAAAUUCGCAUUGUCGUAUCUUGGCGUUCUUAAAAGGGCGAAGUGAUAACUGGUGCGAACGGAACACCAUAGUUUUAGCGCUAUAUGUCAGUUGCUCUGGAAAUGAUUUACUACUUUGUCUAGCUUUGACUAGUGUGCGGUUAUAUAUUCACAGAAGCUUAUUUCAUUUGAGCGUCAUAUUUUUACAAGCGAAUAUGCUCAUAGAAAAAAAAUAUGUUAUUAACAUUUUGCGACAUCUGUAAAUAAUUGUCCCAUAUUUCGUCUGCGAGUGCCAUUACAUUUGUCUGAUCCACCAAAGCGAUCGGAUCCAUUUAACCUAAAAUGAUUGAACACUGCUAAAUGCUAAGCAAUGUGGCAUAAGCUGUGCAAUAUUAAACAUUCCUAGCACAUGAACAUGGACAAAGAAACUCGAAACUGCACUUUUUCUGUGUAGUUAUUUCUCCCCAUGCAUAUAAGUAUCUCUUUUUGAACUUUUGGAGGAAUUCUUGACGCCGUUCCAAAAAUAGUUUUCGCAUGAUAUAUUUAACAUUAACUUUACAAAAUACAUGUAUGCCAAGGUAAUUCCAUAAUAAAUCAUUAUCCAAAGCAUGAAAGUCUUAAAACCGUCACAUGUACCACUGAAGACAAAGCAAUCCGAACAAGAUGUCGCCUCAUUAUUGUAUCAACGGUAGUUCUUACCCAACAGUGAUCUAAAAAUAGAAACAAAAAUGAAGAAAUGACUUGGUUAUCUAAUUUUGCUUUUAAAAUUCUAAUACAUAUAAGCAACCUAUUGAAAUAAAAACACGAAACACGCUGAUACGUU